AUGGACUCUGUUGACGUGGGGAUCAGCCUUGAGCUGAUUCACAAUGGCAUCGUUACUAAGGAGGUGCGCCUCGUCAAUCGUGCCCUUCGCAACAUCUCGUGGCAGCGCCGCCGAAUGUCCGUCGCCGACUUGCUCAAGAUGGUCAAACUGGUGCUCAAGAACACGCCAUACAAGGAGCGGCUCGUGGGGAUGCUGGAGGGGCAACAGCAGGUAUGUGGUGGCAAUGUGGGUGGCGGAGUACCUGUGAAUGCUUUGCUCUAUUUCUGCAUUUCUGCCAUGCAUAUCAGUCUGAGGAUGUCGAGAUGGCCCCACCCCCUCUGCCGAACGGUGUGGCUGCCCCGUCGUCACACAGUCCUUCGCCAUUCCCCUUCCACGAACACCACUUCGACAUUAUCAUGCCUGAAUGUGAGAUCUAUCUCGGCAUACUCGUCGUCACGCAUUUCGUCGACAAGAAGCUGACUCAAAAGGUCAGGCACGCGCCUUGCUAUGAUGCGAUUGUGUGACUGUGUGGCUGUGUGGCUGUGUGCUUUUUGCAGGCCGUGUCAGGAGCCGAUUUGGUUGUGAGUCGUGCCAAGUCGUACAACAGACGGUCUCUGGACCCUCUGGCCGCACGGGUGGGCACAUGAACAUGCCAUUCAAAUGCAUAUCUUCUCACCUGUCAUGGGGCGGUUCUGCAGGCAUACUUUUGUUUGUCUCGUGCGUACGAGCUGGAUGGGCGCCUGUCAGAGAUACGAGAGUAGGAACCAACAUCAAAAUGUGCCAUGUACUGGGUGUGGGUGUGGGUGUGCGUGUGUCCUAUGUGACAGGGAUUUGAUGGCAGCGUACCGCACAGCGUCGCUACAUCAUGACCUUGUGGGACAGGUGACGUCAUCCUUGCACAGUGGUCACCUCUUCAGCCUGCCUGGCCUUUGUGUGUGUCCUCAGGCCACUCAGCUGAAGACCUGCUGCUGA